UCCUUUUAUUUUUGUAACUUUUGAAGACUUUGGUGACAUGCUGACAAAAGAGAAGGAAACAGAACUUGGUGCCAUCUGACCAAACGAUUGCUGCCAGGUUGUUAUCUUAAGGCAAUCAGGUAACAUGCAUGAUGGGAGGUGUCUUUCCAAGGUACUGAUGGCAUUCUAGAGCUCACCGUCCGGGAGUCUUGCUUGGACCUGCCACUGCCAUUGCUACUCCACUGCAAAGGCAGAAGAACUAGGUAAGAUUUUUAGGUUAGCCCAGUAUACUGUCUCCCUAUUGUCAGACAUGCAAGACUCUCAGUCUGCUUUCAAGAAAGAAGAUCCGUUGGGAAUGGAUGCAAUGUCAUCUGAAGAAUAUGCUUCGCAGUCCAAGUUGCUGCAAGAAUUCACCAAUGUCCCAAGCAUUGAAAGUGCUUGGCUUUUCAAAACCAACAAUGAAGACAGAUCCAGAGCAAUGUUUUCCAUUAGUCAGCCGGACCUGCUGGCAAACAAGAAGAGGAAAUAUAUUUUGCAUUCCCAUAUUGUGACACAUGGAACCAUGCCUCUCGAGUGUCAUUGGUCUCCUUUCCCUAUUGAAAUGACCGGAGUGUCGGCUGUCGUUCCAUCCCCUUCGGGGUCAAAGCUUCUGGUGGUGCGGAACGGGGAGAAAGGUUCGCGUACGACACUUCAGAUUGUGAAUCAAUCACAUGUGGAGAAAGAGAUACAUGUUGAUCAGUCUAUCCAUGGUCCACUUUACACCGAUGAGUGGUUUCAUGGGAUUUCCUGGAACCAUGAAGAGACCUUCAUAGCAUACAUCGCUGAACAGACACCUCGACCGAAACCAGCUUUCGACGAUGCCGGAUAUAGAAAGGGAGGCUCUUCUGAGGAAGACUGUAAUAGCUGGAGAGGACAGGGGGAUUGGGAAGAGGACUGGGGUGAAACUUACUCCAGAAAGGGGAGACCCUCGUUGUUUGUUCUUGAUAUUGCUAGUGGAGAAGUACGUGCUGCUAGAGGCGUUCCAAAAUCAAUCAGUGCUGGUCAAGUUGUUUGGGCUCCGCCAUCUUCAAGUGGUCAUCAGAAGCUUUUGGUCUUCGUGGGAUGGUUAGAACACAACGGGUUUCAGAGCACCGCUAGGAAACUCGGCAUCAAGUACUGUUCUAACAGGCCAUGUUCUCUCUAUGCAAUUCAUUCCCCUUUUGAAGAAGAACCAAAUGCCGAUAACGCGUCAGAUAGUGGUAGUGAGUCAGUACCUGCUUCAGUAGCAACGAACUUAACCCCAAGCAUAAGCAGCGCUUUAUUUCCACGGUUCAGCAAGGAUGGAAAACUGCUGGUGUUUCUAUCUUCGAAAUGUGCAGUAGAUAGUGGGGCACACAAUGCCACAGAUUCGCUGCAUAGAAUCAACUGGCCUUCUGACUGGAAAGCAGAUGAACAACUCAGCGUGACCGAUGUGGUUCCUGUUGUAAUGUGCCCUCAAGAUGGAUGUUUUCCUGGCCUAUACUGCUCAGCCAUGCUGUCUGAUCCUUGGCUUUCUGAUCAUUGCACAAUGGUGUUGACAUCUGCUUGGAGAAGUACUGAAGUGAUGCUGUCAAUAGAUGUGUUAAGUGGGGAAGUAACUAGAAUAAGUCCACAAGACUCAGAUUACUCAUGGAGCACCCUUGCAAUAAGUGGCAACAAUGUCCUCUCUGUGUCGAGUAGCCCCAUCGACCCUCCUCAAAUUAGGUAUGGUCGUCGAGCGUCAACAGAGGAUCAUGAUGGCCGUUGCGCAUGGGUUUGGGACGAAGUUACGAGUCCGUUGACAGCAGCCAGUAACAAGGUGAAGGCUUUGUUAUCUCAUCACAAGUUGAGCAUACUCAGAAUCCCGGUCCCUGACCCCUCUGAUGAACUGUCUGACGGUGGUCGGCUUCAAUUUGAGGCCAUCUUUGUGUCCUGCGAGGAUAGUUCACAGAAACCAACUGUUUUAAUUCUUCAUGGUGGCCCACACUCAGCAUCUGUAUCAAGCUACUCGAAAUCAUCGGCGUUUCUCGCGUCACUUGGGUUUAAUCUGCUGAUUGUAAAUUACAGAGGUACGCUGGGCUACGGGGAGGAGGCUUUGCAAUCACUCCCUGGGAAGGUUGGAUCUCAGGAUGUCCAAGAUUGUCUUGCGGCACUAGACCACGUGAUCGAGGAAGGACUGGUGGAUGCAUCCAGAGUAGCGGUUGUUGGGAUCUCGCACGGUGGCUUCUUGACAACCCACUUGAUUGGCCAGGCUCCUGAGAGAUUUGCUGUGGCGGCGGCUCGAAACCCGGUCUGUAACCUGUCACUGAUGAUUGGGACCACAGACAUCCCAGACUGGUGCUACGCCGUGGCCUGCGGGACUGAAGCGAGGCGUCUCGCCUCUGAAUCACCUUCACUUGAUCAUCUUCGAAUCUUCCACCAGAAAUCACCAAUUGCCCAUAUUUCAAAAGUGAAAGCACCUUUGCUUAUGCUUCUCGGAGGAGCAGAUCUCCGGGUACCCAUGUCCAAUGGCCUACAGUAUGCAAGGGCUCUGAGAGAAAGAGGAGGCGAGGUCAAAACCAUCAUGUUCCCAGAGGACACGCACGAAAUCGACAUACCGCGGUCGGAUUUUGAGAGCUUCCUCAACAUGGGGGUCUGGUUCAAGAAAUAUCUGAAACAGAUCUGAGCCAGAGAUUUCGAGGGCUUCCUCAACAUAGCCAGAUAACUUCAAAGGUUUUUUGAAGAAAUAUUUUUUCUUUGUGAGGCGAUCAAAGCAUUUGAGAAUCGACAAUAACAAAGUAUUUUUUCCUAAAUAAUGAGCCUAAAGAGAGUGAUAA